AAAACUUUCUAAAGGGAAGUGACUAAAUUCUCCUUAAACUGCCACUUUGCUCGUUUUGAGUUAGUUCUAAUGAAGGGAAGACAUUUUGGACCCAUGCACAUGUAUAAUUAAUUUAUUCUUAUGUGCCUGAGACGGGUACAGACAGAAUAUUUUCUUUUUUGUUAGACAGAAUGGUAACUCCCUUCCAAACACGCGCACACAAAACGUAUUUUUAAAAAAAGAACAGAAAGUGGAAGGGGUGUUGCUGAAAACCAUACACACUUCUUCAAAAUAUAUGAAAAGAUGUAAGAUCGUACAUGGAGAUUUUGAUAGGUUGCUAGAGAGCUCUGAGAGGCGUGUGUGCUUUUUAAAAUUGGAUCCAAGCACCAGCCGGAGGUUCAGUCCCCCGUCCAGUAGCCUUCAAUCCGUCCCAGCUAAAAUGAGCGAACUGAGCCCGGCGACUGGGCAACAAGAGGCGGCUCCAGCGGUACCCAGACCUCGGGCGCACGAUAACCGUACAAUGGUAGAGAUCAUCGCUGAUCAUCCAGCAGAACUCGUGCGGACUGACAGUCCCAACUUUCUUUGCUCCAUCUUGCCGUCACAUUGGAGGUGUAAUAAAACAUUACCCGUGGCAUUCAAGGUGGUAGCCCUGGGGGAGGUCUCUGAUGGGACUGUGGUCACAGUGAUGGCUGGUAAUGAUGAGAACUAUUCUGCAGAAUUGAGAAAUGCCUCUGCUGUCAUGAAGAACCAAGUUUCAAGGUUUAACGACCUGCGAUUUGUGGGAAGGAGUGGACGAGGCAAGAGCUUCACAUUGACAAUCACAGUAUUCACAAACCCACCCCAAGUGGCAACUUACCACCGAGCAAUAAAGGUUACUGUUGAUGGACCUCGGGAACCAAGAACAACCAUAGAUGGUGAUAGUUUCUUACUGGGUCUGGACUAUGACCCAGCCACACUCAUCAUCAUACACAGGAGAGAAGGACACAGACAGAAGCUGGAUGACCAGCCGAAGACUGGUUUGUUUUCAGAGCGCUUGAGCGAGUUGGAGCGUCUUCGCCAGACCACAAUGAGAGUCAGUGUCCCGACACAAAACCCCCGAUCCUCCCUCAGCGCAGUGCCUACACCCUUUAACCCGCAAGGCCAAACCCAGAUCUCAGACCCCAGACAGCCCCAGUCAUCUCCUCCCUGGUCGUAUGACCAAUCGUAUACACCUUAUUUGAGCCAGAUGACUUCACCAUCCAUACAUUCUACAACCCCGCUCUCCUCCACCCGAGCCACAGGGCUUCCUGCCAUCAGUGAUGUGCCAAGACGCCACCCAGGAUCUUCAGACUUGAGCCCAUUUUCAGACCCCCGGCAGUUUGAACGACAGUUCGCCGGCCUGUCCUCCCUCACUGAGAGCCGUUUCUCCAAUCCCAGGAUGCACUACCCGGCCACCUUCACCUACACGCCCACCCCAGUCACGUCAGGCAUGUCCCUGGGCAUGUCCACAACCACCCACUACCAUACCUACCUGCCACCUCCUUACCCUGGAUCCACCCAGAACCAAAGUGGACCCUUCCAGACCGGCAGCACCCCCUAUCUCUACUAUGGCUCUUCUGGAUCCUACCAGUUCUCCAUGGUGCCGGGGGGAGACCGUUCCCCUUCCAGGAUGCACCCGCCUUGCACUAGUGCCUCAACUGGCAGCUCCCUCAUCAACCCCAACCUUCCAAACCAAAACGAUGGAGUUGAUGCUGAUGGAAGCCAUAGCAGCUCACCAACUGUGUUAAACUCAAGUGGAAGAAUGGAUGAGUCAGUCUGGAGGCCAUAUUGAAACCAGCCAAACUUUUGUGAGCCUUAAAGAACCAUCAGCUUUAGUGAACCCGCAAGAUAAUAUGAGAGCAGUAACACAUCAGCUUUGUAAUUUUAAAAUGUAUGGUUUUUAAAGCACAAACCAAACUUAGUAACCCUAUUUCAAGAAAGAGGGAUGUUAAACUACAAAAUGAACUAUAGCCUUAAAAACUUAAUAACCCUAUUUCAAGAAAGCAGCAUGUUAAACUACAAAAUGAACUAUAGCCUUAAAGGUACAGUUGAAAGAUUAAACAUGGUACAUAAAACUUUAAUGUUGAUCUGCAAUGGUACUAGAUUUCAGAAUGUUCUCACAGUAAUAAGGAGGAAUAGAAGAGAUCAAGAAACUUUUUGAAAGAAUGUGGCAAUAUUUAUGGCAUUCCACUGCAAAUCCAAUUGCCAAAAUUGCAAAUCAUGGACAGGCCAUUAUAUUAAUAAGAGCAGAUGGGCCAAGUGCUUCCAUUCUAUUGAAUUUGAC